AGUGUGGGUUUUUGGUCUGAGGCCUGGGCGGUGCUUGCCCGGUCACUCCCGGAACCUCGGCGUCCCUCCCUGGAAGGGCUCGCAGGCGCACACACUUCCCAGCGGCGGAAUGUGGGGCGCACUGGCGGGAGCCCUCUCCAGGUCCUGCCCGGAUACAGGAGAGAGGCUCCUGCUUAUCAUCUUAUUUUGGAAGGAAUUUUGAUACUCUGGAUAAUCAGACUUCUUUUCUCUAAAACUUACAAGUUACAAGAACGAUCUGAUCUUACCCUCAAGGAAAAGGAAGAGUUGAUUGAAGAGUGGCAACCAGAACCUCUUGUGCCUCCUGUCUCAAAAGACCAUCCUGCUCUCAACUACAACAUCGUUUCAGGCCCUCCAAGCCAUAAUAUUGUGGUGAAUGGAAAAGAAUGUGUAAACUUUGCCUCAUUCAAUUUCCUUGGUUUGUUGGAUAACCCUAGGCUCAAGGCAGCAGCGUUGGCAUCUCUAAAGAAGUACGGUGUGGGGACUUGUGGACCUAGAGGAUUUUAUGGCACAUUUGAUGUGCACUUGGAUUUGGAAGACCGCCUGGCAAAAUUUAUGAAGACGGAGGAAGCCAUUAUAUACUCGUAUGGGUUUGCCACCAUAGCCAGUGCUAUCCCUGCUUACUCUAAGAGAGGGGACCUUGUGUUUGUAGAUAAAGCUGCCUGCUUCGCCAUUCAGAAGGGAUUACAGGCAUCACGUAGCGACAUUAAGCUAUUUAACCAUAAUGAUAUGGACGACCUGGAGCGACUGCUGAAAGAACAAGAGAUAGAAGAUCAAAAGAAUCCUCGCAAGGCUCGUGUAACUCGACGUUUCAUUGUAGUCGAAGGAUUGUAUAUGAAUACUGGGACUAUUUGCCCUCUUCCAGAAUUGGUUAAGUUAAAAUACAAAUAUAAAGCAAGAAUCUUUCUGGAAGAAAGCCUUUCGUUUGGAGUCCUGGGGGAGCAUGGCCGAGGAGUCACCGAACAUUUUGGAAUUAGUAUUGAUGAUAUUGAUCUUAUCAGUGCCAACAUGGAGAACUCACUUGCUUCAAUCGGGGGUUUCUGCUGUGGCAGGUCUUUCGUGAUUGACCAUCAGCGACUUUCCGGCCAGGGAUACUGCUUUUCAGCUUCAUUACCUCCCCUGUUAGCUGCUGCUGCAAUUGAGGCCCUCAACAUAAUGGAGGAAAAUCCAGGUAUUUUUGCAGUGUUGAAGGAAAAGUGCAAACGAAUUCAUAAAGCUUUACAAGGCAUUUCUGGAUUAAAAGUGGUGGGGGAGUCCAUUUCUCCAGCAUUUCACCUCCAGCUAGAAGAGAGCACUGGGUGUCGGGAAAGAGACGUUAAACUACUUCAGGAAAUAGUAACUCAGUGCAUGGACAGAGGCAUCGCAUUGACUCAGGCACGCUACCUGGAGAAAGAAGAGAAGUACCUCCCUCCUCCGAGCAUUAGGGUGGUGGUCACAGUGGAACAAACAGAAGAGGAACUGGAGAAAGCUGCGUCCACGAUCAGCGAGGUGGCCCAGACCGUGCUGCUUUAGUCUGGGGCCUGGUGGCCGCUCUCCAUGCAACACACAGACAGGCCCCAGAGUCACUGCAGAGCGAACCAGAGGGGGCCUACGGGUGCCGGAUAGGGUGUCGCUAGAUGGUGUGGACAUCGACUCGGCGUAUGACCAUAAGAAUGCUGGUUACUUAAAAGAAAACACAUCCAAAAGCCCAAGAACUGAUUUUUUUAAGAGAAAAACUAUUGACAGCAUAUAACUGAUAUUUAAAUUGUGCUAUUUAGUACAAUUAGUUUUAUUAAUACUAGUAUUUUAUAUUCUAUUUUUGUUGUCAUUGUUUAAAAAUGGAGCUUCCGUUUACCUUUCCCUUCUACUGGUAAAGAUUGUGAGCACUCCUUAAUAUCUCAUAGAAAAUUGUCUGCAACAUUAAAGCUUAGAGGCACUUUCAGCAUAUAUGAUACGAAAUGUAUUGAAGAUCUAAUUCAACGAGAUAUUUCAGUCUUCGUCAUGUGCAGCUCAGUGGUGGCUAAUAUAUAAAGGAAUACUUUUUGUGUGAUUAUUAUGAACUUGUCAUUACAAUAUAUUUGAAUCCUAGAGGUUUUAUAUACACUAAGCACCGGCGUUGCACCAUUUCUAACGGUGAGGCCCAGCAUCCCCAGCCAGAGAAUAGUCAUUAUACUUCCUGAGGGAGCAAUAAUUUAAAUCAGAUGCCGUUUUGUUUUAGUAUAAUUGACCUUUACAGUUAUUAUGUGUCGACUUCUAAUCUGUUUUUGGAAGAGGGUUACAAUGAUGACCCCAAAAUAGAAAUCAUGUCCUUGAUAUUUUAGAAUAUCUUGAAUGUGUUCUUUUUUGAUAGUGGGUUUGCUUAUGAGCAUAUAGCUACAAGCUUUUUCUAAGCUAAAGAAAAUGAGACCUUUAUUUCUUUUCAGCUUAUGAAUUCCAGAUAUCUAAAAAAGAUGUGAAAGCACUAAAAAAUAAAAUUCUUAAGCUGUGCUUUAGCUAUCUGUUUUUUCUUUAGCAAGCCAGGUUGGGUGGUAUAAAUGUUUGUGUAUGUCCACAAGAUAGUGCGUAAAUAUUACACUAAUACUCCUUAUUAAAGGAGAAGGAAUAAAUUAUAUUAAAAAUGUCAUUUUUAUAAUAUAUGUUCAUAUUAACAAAUGGUCUUCAACAUCUUUUUAAAUAACAUAUUUUUUAAUGUUUAGUUUCUAUUUUGCUUGAGGUAUUUUGUACAUAUGUGCCUUGUGAUUGCUGCUGCUUUAGAGGAUACAGUACUCUUUGGGGGAUGAAUCUGUUUUGUUUUUUAAUGAAAUAAACCUACAUUCC